ACAAAUCUUAAUAUCAUCUCUUAUUACCACCCUCUCUAGUCUGUACUCUGUAGUCCCUCCCUCAGGCUUCAACUGAUGGGUAGUUCGACAAGAACAUUGAAGAUAGGAAUUAUAGGGUUUGGUACCUUCGCACAGUUCUUGGCAAAGACGAUGAUAAAACAAGGUCAUCUUAUAAGCGCGACAUCAAGAUCAGACUAUUCUGGGUUUCCGGGCGUCCAUUUCAUUAGGGACAUGGAAGAAUUCAUGGGAUUAGAGCAUGAUGUGAUUCUGAUAUGCACUUCAAUUGUAUCUGUAUUCCAAGUAGUGAAAAAACUCCUGUUACAGGAAGUUCCUCAAGACUCGGAUUUGGUGUGCACUCAUCCUAUGUUCGGACCAGAAAGUGGGAAAGACGGGUGGAAAGAUUUGCCGUUUAUGUAUGAAAGAGUCCGAGUCAAGGAUGAAACUCUGUGCUCCUCUUUUCUUGCCAUUUUCGAGAAUGAGGGAUGCAAAAUGCUGGAAAUGAGUUGUGAAGAACAUGAUAGACUAGCUGCCCAAAGUCAAUUUCUUACACACACGAUAGGCAGGGUUUUAUCGGAAAUGGAAAUUCGGAACACACCGAUAGACACAAAGGGAUUUGAGAAGCUGGUUCAAGUGAAAGAAAGCAGUACGAGGGAUAGUUUUGAUCUGUAUAGUGGGCUGUUCAUACACAAUAGGUUUGCCAAACAGCAGCUGCAUAAUUUAGAAAGUGCACUUGAGAGAGUGAAGGAGACGCUAGAAGCAGGGAUGAGCAAAAUUAGCAAGAUGGACAAAUGGUUGUUGGUUUCAAGAAAAUAACAUGAAAACUUCAUUUGUAUCAUUUACAAGACUUUAUUCAUGAAUCGUCUAAUCUGGAUCAUCUCAUAAUUAAUAAUUGUUUCCAGUGAAUUGUAUCAUUGUAUAUCGUGAAAGUAGAUGGACUUUGUGUGCUGUUGACUUAAUAUUGCUGUUGUUAACUUAAAC